CAACCUGGAGCGUGACGAUAUGUUCUAUAUGAAGGUUGGUUGUCCUAGAGGAUUAGCGUCGAGCGACAUUUCUCGUGUAGCGUGCGCUAGAUGCAAAAUCGGUUUCUACGCCGACGAGGGGUCGACGGAGUGCCGUCAGUGUCCGAGCGGAACGACGACGAGAGGCGAGGGUUCGUCAACAUCAAGCGACUGCAACGUCUGUGUCGCGGGUUAUUGCGUUAAUGGCAGAUGUUUUGUGAUAAAUGAUACUUCGACGCAAGUUCCCGUAUGCACGUGUACUGUCGGCUUCAUCGGUUCUCACUGUCAAUAUGCAAUGUAUUACUACGUUGGGAUGGGAAUCGUAUUGUUUGUAGGUAUUCUUAGUGUUUCUUUUGUUGUGGUACGGCGCAUCAUAACAAAACGAAGAGAACACGAAUCGGCUCUGCGUCGUCACAUAAAAAUAUUGAAUGACGCGUGGCAGAUCAGUUGGCAAGAAUUGAAACUGCAGAACGAAAUAGGAGGCGGAGCAUCGGGAAGAGUGUGGAGAGCACAAUACCGCGAUAUGGAGGUUGCUGUGAAGAUGCUAAUUGGAGAGGACGAUCCAAUAUCGUCGUUAGAAUUUGCGCGGGAAAUUAAGUUUAUGCAAACGAUACGUCAUCGAAAUAUUGUACUGUUUAUCGGAGCUGGUAAAACGAGUCCACAAGAGCAACCGUUUCUCGUCGUCGAGUUUGCGCAUCGGGGUUCGUUACGUCACGUACUGGAGGACGUCAGUAUUGAUAUGAGUCCGGAGAGUAAGAUAAGCUUUGCUUUGGACGCUUCAAAGGGAAUGGAGUUUCUUCACAACUUGGACCCGCCGAGGAUUCAUCGAGAUCUGAAGAGUGACAACUUACUGGUUAGCCGAAGUUGGAUUGUCAAAGUUGCUGAUUUUGGUCUCGGUGUUCCUCUUCGUGGGAUAAAAAGACGGAAAACUUCAAGCGCAAAGAAGUCUUUAAUUAACAACAGUUCAUGGAUUGAGCCACUGUUCCAUAUGGAAGAGAUAUGUGAAUAUGGUAUCGGGACGGUAAGAUAUCGAGCACCGGAGAUGUCUCGACGACAGAGCUACGACGGAGCUAUCGAUGUUUACAGUUUUGGAAUUGUGCUUUGGGAGAUUUGGUCACGUGGCUUCCCUUUCGAGCAAUAUCGGUUUGGGUUCGAGGUUGAAGCGGCGGUAGAAAGAGGCGAGCGUCCCUUCAUUCCAGACGAUUGCCCGGAUUUGUAUGCGACCGUUAUGCAAGCUUGCUGGGCUGAAUGUGCUCGUGAGCGACCGUCGUUUACUGAAAUUGUCAGCUGUCUGAACAAAUGCAUCUGAACGAUGUAUGCUGAAGUCACUAUAAACACGUAGACGUGCAACGACGCAUGCAGCAAGGCAUGAGGUAUAUACAAUGCAAAUAA